AUGAAAUUGCUAACUCAUGAUAGUCAUGAUUCUACUAAGGCCAAACUAGGUUAUGUUGAGGAAUUUAUGGAUAAAUAUAUCCUAAAAGAUCAGUAUGGAAUCAUGGAAAAAAAUUAUAAGUACAACUCACCAUAUUAG